GAGCAUAAAAUAUUUCGAAAGAUCAUACCAAUGGUUUUGGAAGGGUUUAAGGCGGCUACUUCUCCAUCUCCCCCUAUGAAUUCUUAUUGCUUCUGCAAAAUUCUCUGUUUAUCGAACUCUUCUCUUCAAAUCUUCCACCAAAUUACGUUCAUGCCUUUCUGCUGGCACAAUUUCGUGUAGUUUAAUGUCCUUUUGCCAGUGUUCUUCCAAUCUUACCAGCAAAUUCGAUAAUUUCCUUCUGUUGAAAAACCCCACAAUUUUUCACGAAAACCCUCCGAUGAUAUCCACGUCUAUGUGGAAAACCCUUGCAAAGCAAGCUAUUUGUAGGAACCGGCAGUUUCAUCUUGGUUGGCAUUGCUUUUCCUGCUCCAGUGGCGUUCUGGGUCGUCCCAACGAGUCUUUAUUUCGCGAAAAAUUGAUAUCUGGUAAUUUUGUUCUUAGUUCACUUCCCAAGUUCGGGAGUUGGGAAAUGGGCAUUGGUCGAAAUGAAGUUUUGUCUCAAGAAGAUUAUGGAAGCAGAUUAUGUUUUGGGUCUAUGGGAGCUCGGAUUGGGUUAAAUGGGUCGUGCUCGAAAGGCUAUUCUAGUGUUGCUGAGGCGGUUUCGUCAACAGAUGUGGAUGAAGAUGCAUCUGUGGACAAUGAAAUCCAGGAGUUAUUGCAAGAGAUGAGCAAAGAAGAGAAGAGGCAGGUUACGUGUAGUUGGAGGAGGAGGAUGAAAAUGGUGAAGGGAAUGGGAGCAGGGAAGUAUCAAAUGUUGAGGAGGAGGCAGGUGGCCAUAGAGACUGAGGCGUGGGAACAGGCAGUUAAGGAGUACAAGGAGCUAUUGAUGGACAUGUGUGAGCAGAAGUUAGCACCUACUUUGCCAUACAUGAAGUCCUUGUUCCUUGGCUGGUUCGAGCCUUUGUGUGAUGCUAUAAGUAAAGAGCAAGAAUUAAUCCGGCAAGGGAAGAACAGAACACCAUAUGCUCCUUAUUUUGAUCAAUUACCUGCUGAUAUGAUGUCAGUAAUCACGAUGCAUAAGUUGAUGGGAUUGUUGAUGAUGGGACAUGAGCGUGGUAAUACCAGGGUUGUGCAGGCUGCUUGUGUAAUAGGAGAUGCUAUUGAACAGGAGGUAAGAAUUCACAAAUUCUUGGAGAAAAAGAAAAAGAAAACGCAUGACAAAGAUAAUGAGAACAAUGACCAGCCUGAUUCUCAAAUGAAGGAACAUGAAGGGUUAAGGCAAAAAGUGUCCAACUUGAUUAAAAAGCAAAAGCUUCCGGCUGUAAGACAGAUAUUGAAGGGAACCGAUGAUUCAAGACCAUGGGGCCAGGACGCCAAAGCAAAGGUUGGGAGCCGUCUAAUUGAGUUGUUGACACAAACAGCUUACAUACAACCUCCUGCCGAUCAGUUGGCUGAUGGUCCACCUGAUAUUCGUCCUGCAUUUCGUCACUCACUUAGAACUGUGAUGAAAAAAGCAACCAAGAAUUCUGGCAGGAGAUAUGGUGUCAUUGAAUGUGACCCUUUAGUCGUCAAAGGCUUAGAGAGGACUGCAAGACACAUCGUGAUUCCCUAUAUGCCAAUGUUGGUGCCCCCGGUUAACUGGACUGGCUAUGACAAAGGUGGACACAUCUUCUUACCAUCAUUUGUCAUGCGUACUCAUGGAGCCAAACAACAACGUGAAGCUGUUAAGAGGGCCCCAAAGCAACAAUUAGCUCCAGUUUUUGAGGCCUUAGACACUCUUGGAAGUACUAAAUGGAGAAUAAAUGUAAAGAUACUCAGUGUUGUAGAUAGAAUAUGGACCAGUGGAGGGCGCCUUGCUGAUCUAGUGGAUCGGGAUGAUGUUCCAUUCCCAGAAAAACCUGACUCUGAGGAUGAAGUGCUGCUAAGAAAGUGGAAAUGGAAAGUCAAAUCCGUGAAGAAAGAAAAUAUGGAGAGGCAUUCACAACGUUGUGACAUAGAGCUUAAACUUGCUGUAGCAGGCAAAAUGAAGGAUGAGGAAGGUUUUUACUAUCCACAUAACAUAGACUUUCGAGGCCGUGCAUAUCCUAUGCAUCCGUACUUGAAUCAUCUUGGUUCAGAUCUUUGCCGAGGUAUAUUGGAGUUUGCAGAAGGUCGCCCACUCAGGAAGUCUGGCCUAGGUUGGUUGAAGAUUCACUUGGCAAAUCUUUUUGCUGGGGGUGUGGAUAAAUUAUCUCAUGAUGGUCGAAUGACAUUUAUUGAGAAUCAUUUAGAAGAUAUUUUUGACUCUGCUGAUAGACCACUUGAAGGAAGACGGUGGUGGUUGAAUGCGGAGGAUCCAUUUCAGUUUUUAGCCGCAUGCAUGAAUCUUACUGAAGCUUUGAGAAGCUCUUCUCCCGAAACAUUUAUUUCGCAUAUUCCAAUACACCAGGAUGGUUCUUGCAAUGGGUUGCAACACUAUGCUGCUCUUGGACGUGACAAGUUAGGAGCAGCAGCUGUCAAUCUGGUUGCCGGAGAGAAGCCUGCGGAUGUUUACUUGGGAAUAGCUGCUAGGGUUCUGGAAAUCAUGCGAAGAGAUGCACAAAAAGAUCCAGCAACUUUUCCAGAUGCAUUGCGUGCAAAAACAUUAAUAGAUCAGGUGGACAGGAAAUUGGUGAAGCAAACAGUGAUGACAUCGGUUUAUGGUGUCACCUAUAUUGGUGCUCGUGAUCAGAUAAAAAGGAGGCUGAAGGAACGUGCUGCCAUAUCUGAUGAUUCAGAUCUCUUUGGCUGUUCUUGCUAUGCUGCCAAGACGACGAUGACGGCAUUAGGGGAAAUGUUUGAAGCAGCUCGUGGGAUCAUGAAUUGGCUUGGAGACUGUGCAAAAAUUAUUGCCUCGGAAAAUCAACCUGUGCGAUGGACUACACCCAUUGGACUACCUGUUGUGCAACCAUACCGCAAAUUGGGAGAACAUCAUAUCAAAACUUCUCUCCAAGUCUUGACACUACGACGAGAAACAGACAAGGUCUUGACAAGGAGACAGCGGACAGCAUUCCCACCAAAUUUUGUUCACUCUCUUGAUGGUUCUCAUAUGAUGAUGACUGCAGUUGCCUGCAAAAAGGCAGGUUUGAAUUUUGCAGGGGUCCAUGAUUCAUACUGGACACAUGCUUGCGAUGUGGAUGAAAUGAAUAGAAUACUUAGAGAGAAGUUUGUUGAACUUUAUGAGACUCCAAUACUGGAAAAUUUAUUAGAGGGCUUUCAGCGAUCUUUUCCUGGAUUGGUCUUUCCUCCUCUACCCGAACUGGGAGAAUUCGACCUAAAGGAAGUUCUGGAGUCACCUUACUUCUUCAACUGAGUUUAUAUGGGUACAUUUCUCUUCAUUUUCCACUCUUUUAAUGCGAUCAGCUGAGUUUGCCUGCUACUGUGAUUCAACUACCUCUCAAGAGUAAUGGGGGAAGAUGUUGAGAAUCGCUGGUGCAGAUUGGCCACUCUGUUGUAAAUAAACAUCAGGUUUUCUUCUCUUAGAAGACUCGACUCAGGUGGACUUCUAAAGAGCUUUCGGCUCGAAUAUGCAGAAGAAAAUGGUCAGACAGACGAUACCCUUUGAACACAACAAAGCAAUAGCCAUGUAUUUUCUUCUACAUAUUCUUCAACUGGAGCUGCUUACCAACAUACAGAUAAGCAAGAACUUCCCAUCCGUUUGCGUGGCUGCGUUUGUCAGCGAUGAUUGAGAGUCGGAAUAUAUUUUCCAGAAAGGAAAGCAUGAUAUGAUCAAGAUUUGAUGAUAACAAAGGAUUGCUUGUUUAUAUCUCCCCACUCUAUGAUUCAGAUGAAAUGUGAAAGUGGUGAAAAAAGUUCACUAUUGCCAUUUUCUGAAUUCAUCAUAAGUUCUGCAGCUCUGCCACAGGCUUGCACCUCUCUCUUAAUGUUACUUACCUCAUUUCAAUCUCUACAGCUUUAAUCCUUAUAAAUUGUUGCAGUCUGCUUUAAUGUAUCUAUAUGUUUGUGCAUUUGCCAAGUAUAAUGGACUGGCAAUCUGCCCUCUGAAUCUGCCGGUUCUCUUGUAUGGUGGGGAAAUUAGCUGCCAAUAGAACAUUGAACAAAUGCUAUAUUAACAAAAUGAUGAUGUGGUACAUCUAUUUGACAUAUGUACCAUUUGAUUUUCCAUGAUAUUAAUGGAUGAGAUGAUAGAAAAAAAUUGCACAAA